CUCUUUUGCCAUUGCUCAAAAUCUUUAGGCUCAAGUCAGCAAAUUUGCUUGGGUUGUCUGCUUCUUCAACCGUUCUAUCUGACUUAACUAUGGCCACAGUUGGAAGGAAUAUAGCAGCUCCAUUGCUGUUUCUCAACUUGAUCAUGUAUUUCAUUGUGCUCGGAUUCGCUAGCUGGUGUUUUAAUCGGUUUAUCGAUGGCCAAACUGCUCACCCAAGUAUGGGUGGAAAUGGAGCCACCGGUUUCUUCUUGACAAUCGCAAUCUUGGCUGCUGUAGCCGGCAUAGUUUCAAAGUUAGCAGGAGGGGGUCAUAUUAGGUCUUGGAGAAGUGAUAGUUUGGCUGAAGCUGGUUCAUCUUCGUUAAUAGCUUGGGCCUUGACUGCAUUAGCCUUUGGGUUUGCUUGCAAGCAUAUAAAUAUAGGAGGGUGGAGAGGGUGGAGAUUGAGAGUAAUUGAAGCUCUCAUAAUAAUCCUCACAUUAACCGAACUCUUGUAUGUUUGUUUGAUCCAUGCUGGUCUAUUUGGCAGUAGGUAUGGACCAGGGUAUCGAGACACCGAAUACGAGGACCAGCCGGUGCCUAAGGGCGGCCAUGCUAUAACAGGAUCUAGGGUUUGAAGGACCAUAGUGUAGAACUGGAACUUGCCUUCCUUAAAAUGUAGUUUUGCUUUGUGAACUCUUUGAAGUUCCUUCUAUAUUUGUUGACAUGGGAUUCGCUGCUUUGCAUCUGUUGUGUGUAUCGUUUAAUGAUUCAGGUUAGAAAGUAGAUCAGAGAGUGCCUCAUCAGAAAAUAGUUGCAUUGAUAGAACUCCUGUAAUAUGAGACUUGGCAGCAUUUUCUGUAGGGGUGUGAAAAAAAAAAUUUCAAAAA